UACCGGUCGCAUGUUCAACUAAACAAAUGCAGGACCAUAUAUUCAUCUCUUUAUAUCAUACCAUUUAUGAAGAAAUGGUUAGUGGAUUUUCAAAUGAUGAUCUUCAGGACUGAUAAUUUUUGUAUGACUUAAUGCAUGUCAUAUAUUAAGAUUUAUUCUCCAGAUGUAAAUAUCAACAAGUUUGAAAACGAAAGUUGAAAACAUGGCGGCACUGCAACCAAUACUUAAUAAAUAUGUUCCAGACCUUCGAGGAAACAUUAGAGUAGAUGACAUUCUGUCUCUAGUAAAUUUUCCGUCUUCGGGCACUGAAGAAAUAACUCGCUUUCGAGAUUCAGACAAGAAAGAAGACAUCGCUAGAUUUAUAGAAGUAAUUGGAAGAAUUGAUGACAAUAACAAAAACUUGCAUUUUUCCGUAAGCUUUUUGAAAUGCUUACAAAAUUCGAAAGCUGCAGGUAUACAUAAAAUUGCAGAGAAAAUUAUAUCUGAAGUCGAAAAAGACUUUCCUAAAAUCCGGGAAUAUUUUCUACCACCAUCAUUGACGAAAUCGUCAAAACAAUCUGAAACGUCAUUCAAUUACCUUCGAGAUGAUAUUGCGAACGUGAGACCAUCAACUUCAACCAUUCGAAGUUCUACCCAAGGGGAUAUUGAGAUAACAAAUUCGCAUCGUGAAUUGAAAUUUUUAACAGCCAGAAAUUUGCAGUCUCACAGUCAAAACCACAGAAAAACUGUUCCUCAAAACGAGAUUGGUUGUUUUUUCGCUGGAAAAGAAAUAGAAGAACUCCCAAAUGUGCUCUUCACGCAGUUAGUCUUAGAACUAAACAUAGACAAACAUUGGGAAACAAUUGGGAACAAGAUGGGGUUAAAAAGAAAAGAAAUGAGAGAAUUUGAAAAUGCGGAAAACCCAGCCAAAACGUUUUUAGACCACGUAAGUGAUAGAACACUGGGAGAACUUUUUCAAACAUGUCAGGCCGUAGGAAUUAACGAAUUAAUACAGAAGCUAAACAUUUCUUUGAUAGAAGAGCCGACAGGUACAAAACUACGUUCACUUGAAAACGAAGAACAUGGGAAAUUAGAAAAGUUCCUAAAUGAAGAUAAAAGAUGGGAAUUACUAGCCAAUAAAUUACAGCUAAAACGAAAAGAAGUAGCAAAACUAGAAAGAAAAGAUAAUCCAGCAAAAUAUAUUCUUGAUGAUCUUCGGCAUAAGACGACAGAAGAGUUGUAUAUUCUGAUGCAAGGCGCAGGCAUACAGUUUGAUACUACUGAUGAAAAUCCAACAACAAAUGUACAGCAGUCAGAUGUCUUACCCACACAGAGAUUUGGAUAUAUGAAUGAUUUAGAUGAAGAAAUUAAAACACAAGAACAGCAGUGUUCUCUUAAUAUAACAGAGAGUAUAACCGAAAGCAUUACAGACAAUACACAAAGUAAUAAACCUAACCCUUUUCAGCUGACUAUUGAAUCAUCAAAAAUCCCUUCAACAGGCAGAUUUGAUGCUUGUCCAAAUGAAGAAGGAGAGCGUUCAGCGGAUGAACAUGGUUUUACGGCUCUUAAAACUGUUGUAACUCAAGAACGAGCAGAGUUAUUAGAUCCGAAUAGCGAUGUAUUGCCUUUAAUUAAUCCGUCUCAUAUAGACUUAGAUAACCGUGGAGGUGCUGACUCUCCAGAAAAUACAGAAACUACUCUAAAACGUGGGUACUUAGAUAAUGGACAAAAUAUGUCACAAGCGGCAGUAAAUCUACCUAGUGAGAAACCUAUUGUUACAUGUCCGGAAAAUGAAACGCAGUAUGAAAAGAACCCCGAAAUGGCUGCUUCCGCUUUGCAUAAUGAUGCCAAUGCGCAGUAUCGUGCAGAUGAAUUUAGAGAUAUACAAAACAGUGUUCCAUAUACAUCAGAAAACCACUAUCCGAGGAUUGCGAAUCCGGUAAACAGAGCAGAAAACGACGAGCAUCCAGAAAAAGCAGCAAAAAUGCUGAGUUCUACUAAAAAGAAUUCAAACAUUCCAGCCUCAAACAUCAGCUCACCUUCUGAUACAAAUGAUUCUGAAGAGAAAAAUCCAGAACAAGAAUGUGCUGCGUUGAUUAAUGAUGGAAACGCACAAAUAAGGGGAACAGGUUACAGGGACUUGCAAAACAGUUUUCCAAACAGUAUGUCAAGUAAUGAGAGAGAAGAAAGUUAAAUGUCUGAAUAUAUCACAUUUAUGAAGAUUGUAAAAGAAUUGUGGUUUAAGAUGCAAUUUUUCACCAAACAAUUUCGUAUUUGCAAGUGUUGAGGUAAUAUUUGCAAGAAGAUCUAUGCUAUCGCUCGUGACUUCUUUUUUGAUUGGAACUCUGGCCUAACCCAAAACAAAUAUAAUAUUAUUUUUGUCCAAUAGGUCAUAGAACAAUAAGGAUCGAAAAUGACAUGACACAUACCUUUUUCAAAUAGAUCUCUCGUAGUAAACUCAACAUAGAUACCAGGAUGAAACAAAAACAAAAAUGUUUUCGUUUUAAACGUGUUUCCAUUUGACUAGGGAGUUUUUGAAUUUUCCUUGGAGUUCAGUAUUUUUUUGAUUUUACUUUUUGAUACUUAUUACGUCCCAUCACUUUCAAGUUUUUGCCAAAAGUGCCAGUAUAUCUAAUGCACUUUAAUACAAAGAAGUUUUCUUUAAAGUAAAUUAUGGUCAUUUUUAGCAUGUUUUUUUUUAAGAAACUUGUUGUCACUUCGAAACCUUUGAAAUCACGGGUAAAUAAAAGUCAUCAGAGAAACCAGAAGCAAUGCAUUGGAAACAUGAAAUGGAAAUAGACCACAUGAUAGGUAUGCUGCAGUCUUGUAUGCUCAAUGAGAAUUCGGUUCAGAAGUUUUACGAUUUUGUUUAGGGAUAUACCUAGGUUGAAUUCACGGCGUCAUACCAGACAUUUCAAGUUAAUCCAUCAUCUUAAUCUCCUUAUGUCAGCACACUACAAGGACAAACUCACAACUGCGAUUAUAUUGCUUUGUCGCUAGACUACAUUUACUUCAAUCCCUUCAGAAGUAAACGUUUUGAGUAAGACAAUUCAAGAUGUUAAUUUGCUCGCUGAAUAAUCACUAUAAUCACUUGUAGAAACGCAACGGAAAAGCUAGAACAUCUGCAAGUUGCGACUCUAGAGUAAUGUAACAGAAUAUCUACCUUAACAAUAGACCGAAUAUUGUUUUUAAUAUACGUGUAUAUGCGUUGAAGAUGUGAAGCUGUCGAAACGAAGAGGUGGACACCUUUUUCAAUAAAUGCUCCUUUAGUGUGAUUCAAUUUCAGUGUUGAAGAGAAGUGAUUUUAAAUGUCAUGUGAAGUUUCUUUUGCUGAUUAGUUUUUACAUAUAUAUAUUUAUAUAUAUUUAUCUAUUAUUGGUUUUUGAGGAUGUCAAUGCGUUAUUGGACCUGCUCUGAUUUUAUUCACUUAUCACCAAGUCCGAGUGUUUAUAUAAUCUAACAGGCCUAUCUAUACGUAUCAAUAAUAAAUGCUGCAUUGACUUGACAAUAUCAACAUUUCGUGUGUAUUUUUGUGUAGGCGUCAUCGAGUAUCGUGGUGACCUCAUGCCGACGGUCAUAUAACCCGAUAUAAACAUGAAUAUAAAUAUAAACAGAUAGCACAACUGUAGUUGGCUUUUUCUAUGUCUGUUUGACUUCAUGAUGUAAGUUAGAAAGUAUGUUUGCAAUCGUUUUACGAAUGAUUUUUUGUGGAUCAAAUCAAUCAAUCAAAUAGUGCAUUUUGGUUUCACUUUCAAAUGACAUUUAUUUUUACUUUUAAUAGCUGAAUACAUAAGUGACUUAAUCAUCAGCGAGGUUACCCAGUAUAUUUUGCAAACAUGGCACACAUUGGCUUCUAAAGUCAAAUUAAGCUAAAUCACUUUCAUUAAAUAUUGAAAAAAUCAAAUUGAGCGAUUUUUUUUAUAUAUCUCAUAGCAAGGGACAUAUUAUGUGUCUCUGUCGUAGCUAAUACCGAUUUGAUUUAUAUAAUAUAUGUAAAUAGUGUAAAAGGAAAAU